AUGCCACUGUGGAAAGAAUACGAUGCGUUCGAGACCGGGCUGAACAAGAUCCAUGUAGAACGGAUGAAGAAAAUUAGAGAACCAUACGACAAACUGCUACACGCACUCUAUAACCUGAUCAAGAAAGUGUCCCUCCGUGAGAAACAGGACAUCCAGAAGGUGGACCUCGUUGCUGCCGGCAAUGGGGGAGAUGGCUCGGAGGAGGACGACAUCAACGCUUCCAACGUCGCGGCCAGGAAAGCGGCCCUCGACAGCGACGUGGUCGAAUUGCUGAAAUACACCCAGGACAACACCCCAGUUCAUGACCGGGAGAAUGACGGGUUGCGAAACCUAGUCUCGGACUACCUGGAUUGCCACAUCAAAAAGAUUGCAGGCGACGUGAAGCUCGCCGAGUUACUUGAAAAUAUCGAUCUGGUCAAGGACUUUCUGCCCAAGCUCUCGAAACCAUGA